CUGUGUUGAGCUGGUGGACAACAACAACACUGACUCUCUCAGGAGUGCUCAGUCUGGUGCACAGUUGACCUACUUUAUGGCACUUAGGCAGUGUAAUAGUCCUUGAGUGGCAGUGUGUCAUUGUAAGGACGAAACAAGAAAACUAAUUUAAAGAUGGAUUGUGAUGAGGGCAGUCAAGAACAAGCACUUAGUAAGGAGAAGAUCCUCGAAAGUAAUGAAAGCUCUAGCGAUAGCUCUGAUCUGGAGGAUGAGAGUGAUGAUAGCUCUACAGACAGCUCUGUCAUAGAGGAGGAAAGUGGUGACAGUUCUGUGGACAGCCUUUCUCUCGAUGAGGCACCUGUUAGGGAAGAGCAAGAUAGUGACUCGCCACUUGAGGAUUACCAAAUUAAUCCUGUAAGAGCAGUAUAUUCUCAUGUAGGCAUUCCAAGGAAAAUUCUGAAGGAAAUUCUUCAGGCACCAGUUCCUGAGAAUGAUGAAAAAAUGGGCACCAGUGGCACCAGUACUGUUCUGGUACCCAAAGGUAAUGAGGAAGAUAAUGAUGUGACAAUACUGGAUUACAAAAAGGGAGAGGUUGGAUUAAGCAGCAAUAGUAAUGUUGUGACCAAUUUGUUGAAAGCACAAAAGCAAGUUUGUGAGGAAUCAGUUGCUAACCAACAAACUGUGCUGUACACACACAGUUAUGUAGAAACAAGCGAUGAAUCAGAUGAUUCAGUGACUCUAUUAGAGAGCACAGAAGACACUUUCCAGGUAUCAGCACUUAAGAGUGAGAAAAUGGAAACCAGUAGCUCCACUUCUGGUCAAAAAUCCAAAUGUAAUGAUAAAGCUAUGACUGUUCCAGCACUUGGAUUUGAGAGAGGAGACUUAGGGAUGAGCAGUACUGUGGUCGACACUUUGGUGAAGGCAGAAGAGGAAGGUGCGGUGAACAUGAAUAAUUACUUGGAACAAAGUGAAGAAUCAUUGUAUUCAGAAUCUUCUUUAGAUAGCACAGAAGAAAAUAUGGAAGAAUCAGAGGUAGAGAAUGAAGAGAAAAUGGACACUAAUAACACCAGUGUUGCUCAGGAAUCCCAGUGUAAUAAGGAACAUAAAAUCGUAACAGUAGCGAAUUAUGGACAAGACAUUGGAGCAAACAGAAGUAGCAAUGUUAUUAACAUUUUACUUAAGACACAAGAGCAAGUUACUGAAGAAUCAUUUGCAGAACAACAAGAGGUGUUGUACUCGCCGAAUUAUGUGGAAAUUAUUGACGAAUCAGAGGAUUCCGAAUCUUCAUCAGAUAGCACGGAAGAAGCACUUCAGGAAGCAGAGCUUGAGAGCGAAGAGGAAGAAAUGGGAACCUGUGUCACCAGUAUUGUACAGGAAUCCAAAGAUAAGGAUGAGGAAAAAGCUGUAACGAUAAUGAAUUAUGGACAAGAAGUGGGGACAAGCAACAGCAGUACUGUUAUGAGCAGUUUCUUAAAGGCAGAAAAGCAGGGUGCUAAGAAAUUAGGUACAGAAGAGAAACAAGUUGUGCCAGACAAAGAGAGUUACUUUGAAACUGAUGAAGAAUCAGUGAUUUCAGAGUCUUUAUUAGAUAACACAGUAGGUGUUCUGGAGAGUGUGGAGGAAACAGGAACCAGUAGUGCCACUACUGGUUUAGGAUUAAAAUCUAAUACUAAUGAUGAAAGUGUAACAGCCAUGCAUAUUGUAAAAGGAGAAGCUAGGACUAGCAGAUUACUGAAGCCAGAAGAACAAGAUGACGAUGAAUCAGUUGUAGAUAGUAAACAAGAUGUGUUGCACACAGAGAAAUACACAGUAAUUGAUGGCAAAUCUGCACACACCAAACCAUUAUUAGACAACACAAAAGAAAUUGUUGAGGCAUUAGUGACUAAGAGCAAGGAGAAAAUGGACACCAGUAGCACCAAUACUGGUUUGGAAUCCAAAUGUGUAGAGGCUACAACACCAAUAGAUGUUGAAAAAACUAAAGUGGAAACAAGUGAUACUGGUGUCAUUAGUUUGUCAAAGACAGGAGAACAAACUGUUGAGGAAUCCACUGAAGAAGGUAAACAUGAUGUUCUGUAUGCCAAGAAUUAUUUGGAAGUAACGAGAGAAAAAGUGGAUUUAGAUUCUUCUGGCAUUUCAGAAAAUAAUCUUAAGAUACCACUGCUUAUGGAUGGAGAAAAAAUGGAUAUCAGUUGCACCAGUUCUGUUCAGGAGUCUAAAGGCAAUGAAAAAGAGGAGUCUGUGAUGGAGAUUAAUUGUAAUAAAGAAAAAAUUGGAACAGUUAGCACUGUGGUAAGCAGCUUGUUAAAGGUAGAUGAGCAGAUUGUUGGAGAAUCACAUACAAAGUAUAAACAAGUUCUGAAUAUGGAAAAUUAUGUGGAAUCUGAUGAAGAAUCAAUGCAUUCAGAAUCUUUAUUAAAAAAUGUAGAAGAAAGUCUUAAGGAACCAAUGAUUGAGGGUGAGGAAAAACUGGACACCAAUGUUAUCAAUACCACUGAUGAUUCCAAAUAUAAUGAGAGAGACAAAAUUUCAUCACCAAUAGCUAAUGAAAAAAGAGAAGUGGGAACAAAUGACAACAGUACUGUUGUGGCCAGUUUGUUGAAUACUGAAGAGCAGGUUAUUGAGGAAUCUGUUACAGAGGUCCAACAAGGUGUGCUGUACACAGAUGAAGAAUCUUUUGAAACGAACGAAGAAUCAGUGUAUUCAGAAUCGUCAAUACACAGCACGGAAGAGAGUCUUCAGGAAUCCAUAAUUCAGAGCAAGUUAACAGUGGACUCCAGUGGCUCCAGUACUGAUUGGGAAUCAAAAGGAAAUGAGACUGAAGCAAUUAACUGUGAAAAAAUUGAAGUGGGAACAAGCAGUACUGUUGUCCCCAGUUUGUUGACAACAGAUCAGAUUAUUAAGGAAUCCUUUACAGAAAGUAAACAUGAUGUUCUUUACUCAGAGAAUUACUUGGAAGGAAAGGAAGAAUCAAUGGAUUCGGAUUCUUCUGACAGCUCGGAUGAUAAGAUUAAAAUACCAUUUCUCGAGAGUGAAGAAAAAACUGAUACCAGUUGCACCAAUCUUGUUAGGGAGUCCAAAGGUAAUGAAAAAGAUGAGUGUGUAGCUAGGAUUGAUUAUAAUAAAGAAAUGGUUGAAAUGGACAAAACUGUAGUAGGCAGCGUUUCAAACGCAGAAGACCAAGUUGUUGAGGAUUUGGUUGCUGAGAAUAAGCAAGAGGUGCCGUACACAGAGAACUGUGUGGAAACGGAUGAAGAAUCGGUAGAUUCAGACGCAUCAUUAGACAGCACUGAAGAAAAUCUUAAGGAGCAAGUAACUGAGAGUGAAGAAGAAAUGGACACCAGUUGCACCAACACUAGUCAGGAUUGUAAAUACGAUGAAAUAGAAACAGCGAUUCAUUGUGAACAAGAAUCUGAGACAAACAGUGAUCAUACUGCUGCAAAAAGUGUGUUGCAACCUGAGGAGCAAAUUGAAGAAUUGGAUCUUGAGUGCAAACAAGAUGUGCUGUGCACACAGAAUUACUUGAAAACAAAUAAAGAGUCAAUGAAUUCAGACUCUUCAGUAGAGAGCACAAAAGAAAUACUUGAGGCACCACUGCUUGAUAGUAAAGAAAAAAUGAACUUCCAUAGUACCAAUACUGUUCAGGAAAAUGCAGCAGUAGUGGAUCACAAAAGAAAUGAAGUGGGGGAAGGCAGCAAUGUUGCCACAAGUUUACUAAAGAAAGAAGAACAUAACACUGAAAAAUCCAUUGUAGAAGACAGACAAGAUUUGUACUCAGAGCAUAUUUUGCGACAAAAUGAAGAACUUUUGUAUUCAGAAUCUUCAGUAGUCAGCGAUGAAGUUCUCGAGGAACCAGUGGGUGAGACCAAUGAAAAUAUGGACACCAGUAACACCAAUACUGUUCAGGAUUCCAAGAAUAAUGAGAAAGAUAUAAUUGCAACAUCAAUUGGUUAUGAAAAAAGAGAAGUAGAAACAAAUGACCACAGUUCUGGUGUGACCAGUUUGUUGAGCACUGACAAGCAAGAUUUUAAGAAAUCUGUUGCAGAGGCCCAACAAGCCGAACAAUUCACAGAUGAAGACUCAGUUGAAACGGAUGAAGACUCAGUGUAUUCAGAAUCUUCAAUAGACAGCAUAGAAGAAACUCUUGAAGCCCCUGUGAUUGACAGCAAGGAAAAAAUGGACACCAGUAGCAUGCAUACUGGUUGGCAGUCGAAAUGUAAUGAGACUAAAACAGUGGAUUAUGAAAAAGUUGAAGUAGGAACAGUGGAUUAUGAAAAAGUUGAAGUAGGAACAGUGGAUUAUGAAAAAGUUGAAGUAGGAACCAGUAGCACUACUGUCCCCAGUUUACUGAAAACAGAACAGGUCAUUGAGGAAUCUGUUGAAGAAGGUAAACAUGAUGUACCAUACCCAGAGAAUUCCUUGAAACAAGAGGAAGAAUUGGUGGAUUCAGAUUCUUCUGACAGCUCAGAAUCUAUUUUUAAGAUACCAUUGUUCAAGGCUGAAGAAAAAACAUUUGCCAUUUGCACUGAUACUGUCCAGGAGUCCAAAGAUGCUGUUGUAAGCAGCUUGUUGAAGGCAGACGAGCAAAAUGUGGAAUCAGUUGCCGAGUGCAAACAAGAUGUUCUCAACACAGACAAAAAUGUGGAAAUUAAUAAAAAAUCGGCAGAUAUUGAAUCUUCAUUAAACAGCAGCACAGAAGAAAUAUUUCAGGCACCAAGGCUUGAGAAAAUGGACACCAGUGACAGUAGUGCUGUUCAGGUGUUGAAAUGUAAUGAAGAUGAGAGUGAAAUAGAGAAAGGCAAAGAAAAAGCAAACAGCAAGAGUGCAGCUGUAGCCAGUUUGAUUACUGAUGAGCAAGUUGCAAAGGAAUCAUUUGCUGAGAGCAAGAGAGAGGUGCUGUACACAGAGAACUGUGGGGAAACAGAUAAAGAAUCAGUGGAUUCAGAAUCUUUAUUAGACAGAACAGAAGAAAUUCUUGAGGCACCAGUGCAUUUAGGCGAAGAAAAAAUGGACAUCAGUAGCUCCAGUACUGUUCAGAAGUCCAAACAUCAUGAACCUGCAACAGCAAUGGAUCAUGAAAAAAUAGAAGCAGGGACAAGCAGUACUGAUGUCAGUGGUUUGUUAAAGACAGAACAAGUCAUUGUAGAAUCUGUUAAAGAGGACAAGCAAGAUGAUCUUUAUUCAGAAUCUUCAAUAGUCAGUACCGAAGAAAUUCUUGAGGAACCAGUGGUGGAAUGUAAUGAGAGAAUGGACACCAGUAGCACCACUACUGUUCAAGAUUCCAAAUAUAACGAGACAGACAAAAUUACAACUAUAAUAGAUAAUGCAGAAAGAGAAGUGGGAGCAAAUGACAGUGGUACUGUUGUGACUAGUUUGUUUAAUACUGAAGAUCAAGUUCUUGAGGAAUCUGUUGCAGAGGCCCAAGAGGAUGUACCGUACACAGAUGAUGAAUCAGUUGAAACAGAUGAAGAAUCAGCAUAUUCAGAAUCUUCAAUAGACAGCCUAGAAAUUCAUGAAGACCUUGUGAUUGAGAAGAAGGAAAAAAUGGACACCAGUAGCACCAAAGAUGUUCAGAAUUACAAAUAUGAUGAUAUUGAAACUGGGGAUUAUGAACAAGAAAUGGAGGCAAACAGCAAGAGUACUGCUGUAAACUGUUUAUUGAAGGGUGAUGAACGAGUUGAAGAAUCUGGCACACUAGGCAAAGAAGUUGUGAUGGACACUGAGAAUUCUUUGGAAACAGAUAAAGAAUUGGUGGAUUCAGAAUCUUCAUUAGACAGCACAGAAUUUCUCGAGGAAUCUGUCGUUAAAAAACAGGAGAAAACAGACACUAGUAACACCAUUAUUGAUCAACAUCACAAAUCAAAUGAGCAAGAUGAAGCUGAAGGAACAAUAAAUUCUGAAAUAACAGGAGCAGGAGCAAACAGUAACAGUACUAUUAACAGUAAAUUGAAGGUUGAAGAGCAAGUUGUUGAACAAUCUGUUGCAGAGGCCAAUACAAGGUGUUCUGUGCAGACCCAAUUACUUAGAAACAGGUGAAGACUCACU